CUCUCUCUCUCUCUCUGUAUAUAUAUUUGCUAGGGUUUAGAUCGAUACAUUCAUCUGCCCUUCGCGAUUUCUAUUCUUCAAUUUAUGUUCUUUGCGAUUUCUUCUCAUGAUCGAUGCCUUCAAUAUCAUUGAAACUCUUUUCUUCGCGAUUUCUAUUCUUCAAUUUAGGUUCUUUGCGAUUUCUUCUCAUGAUCGAUGCCUUCAAUAUCAUUGAAACUCUUUUCUUCGUGAUUUCUUCAAUGAGGUUUCUACAAACAAACAAACAAAUGGCGCCGCUUGUGAUCAAAGACGACAAAUUGGGUGCGAGACAGCCUCACUUCUUUAAGGUGUUUCUUCCUCAUGUCAACUCUGAAUGUCUGCAUGUUCCUUCAGGAUUUGUUGAACACUUGGAAGGCAAGACAUCAGGGUCAGUUUUCUUGACUGGUCCAAGUGGGAAUACUUGGCAAGUUAAUUUUAUUCAGAAAAAAGAUGGUCUAUUUUUUCACGAAGGAUGGUCUGCAUUUGCGAAAGAUCACUUUGCAGAAUACGGAGAUUUCUUUGUUUUCAAAUACAACGGUGAUUUUGAUUUCAUUGUGAUGGUGUUCGACAAAAGUGCAUGUGAGAAAGAAGCUGCAUUUCAUGCAAAAUGUACUCAAGACAUUAGUAACUUCGUUAAAAAUAAGGGAAAGAAGAUAGUGAAAUUGCAAGAAAAUGCUUCACACGAACCUUUUGAAGGUGUGCCAAAGAGCAGGACGAACACUCAGUCAAAAGCUACAUACAGAAAGAAUGAGGACGGUGGACACGAAUUGUCAAUGUGGGAAGGAACUCAUGAGAAAAAAGCUACUCACCGCCCUUUUUUUGUUAGCCGUAUGACGAAGGGCAAUGUUAAGCAAGUAUUUAUUUUGUACCUCCCGCCUUCAUUUGUAAUGGAACAUUUUCCAAGGUACGAAAACAGGCAAAUCAUUCUCCGUAAUCAAGAAGGUAAUCAAUGGAUUGUCAAGCUUGUUCGUCGAGCCACUUGUGGUUCUUUUUGUGCGGGCUGGCCUGCCUUUGUUCGUGAUAACCGUGUUAAAGAAGGAGACAUGUGCAGAUUCGAACUAGUGAGCGAAUUCGAAAUGCUUGUACACAUUGCCAGAGAGAACAGAGAAAGUCAACAAGUGGAUGCAUAAAGUGCUUAAAACAACACAAUUCAGUAGUUUUUUGGUUCUACAGAGUGAAAUUUUAUGGUUUUGAUUCUAUAUCUAGGCUUCUUGCAAAGCACUUUUUCGGUUUCUAUUUAUUUAAAUUAUAUUUUAUUUUUAUUUUUUGGGUUAGUGCCUCUUUUUGCAAGGUGGUGCAUUUGCUUUUGUACUGUGAGGAUAAUAAUAUGUUGGGUCUUUUUUAAGUGUUUAGUAUUGUUUCACUGCCUUAAAAUUGUAAUUAAUCAUUUUUUUCUUCUUAUGUAAUGUUUAUUUUUGAAACAAUCUGAAGAUUUUAAGUUGUGAUU